UAGCAAACUCUGCCCAUUGCUCUGAAGGGCCAUUAUUUAUUCAUUCAGCAGAGGAGUUACACGCAACAGUUGUCAAGAAAGCGUCAGCUUAUUAGGCAAGAUCUGCGUGAUCCCCGAAGAAAGUCUAAGCUAUAAAGCCUGGGUUCAGGACAUCUGUUUGUAGAGAAUUAUUUCAACCAGAAAAGAUCACAAUAUGCCAGCACCUUAAGGAAGAAAGUCUAAAAACAUCACAAGGAGGCACGAACAUCACUUACCUUUCAUGCUACAGUGGGAUAUAACCCCAGCACCAGCCAAGCACCUUCUGAGGGAGACGAGACUGACUCUGCCUCUGUCGGCAAUUCUCCUCAUUGCCCUUUUCCUUGUACCGUUUCCAUCCUUUCUAGGAAUCCCCUGUGCAUCAGCUUUAUCUCAGCUUCAAUCUUUGGAGUUUAAUAUGAAGUUCCAGCUGUGGGUGUCUACAGGAAUCCUACUGGUCUCUCUCCUCCCCUGCCAUGAGUGCCGAGCUUUCAGUAAAUCCCCAGCAUCUUCUCCUGGAGCUCCCCUGCCUGCUCUGUCCAAUUCCCAGCCCUUUCUACUUCGCAUGGGAGAAGAGUAUUUCCUCCGGCUAGGCAAUCUCCAUAAGUAUUCCCCAAGCUCGUUUGCAGCCAGCCGGCUUCCCGAGGCAUCUGGCGGUAACUUUGUGAGGGCUGUACAGCAGCAACUGCAGGCUCAGCAGUGGAGCAGCCAGCCAGGGCUGAGAGCUGCAGCUUUGGAUGGAGCAGACAGCCCUUACAGUGCUCAGGAAGAGCCCACAGAAAGAGCAAAGCGUGCAGAAGAGCCUCCCAUUUCCCUGGAUCUGACUUUUCACUUGCUCCGUGAAGUCUUAGAAAUGGCAAGAGCUGAGCAAAUAGCCCAGCAAGCCCACAGCAACAGGAAACUCAUGGACAUCAUUGGGAAAUAGCACAGGUCUCCCUGCCAAAGAGUUCUCUGCAUUUAGCACAAAAGGUGAUGUACCAUAAAGCUGCCCUGAAACCAUCUGUUUAUUUUUUUACAGCUUCAAAAUUGCAGUUUGUGCAUCUUAACCCCUUUGCUGCCAAAGGGGCCAGCAUGGACCCAGCGCAUGGUGUUUCUGGCCCCUCUGGAAGCAAUAAAGGGCUCCCAAGCUAUAUCUGUUUUUUAGCAUGUACCGGGUAUAUUUCACUGCAGUGAAAGGCAACAUGUGUCAUUUGUAAAUAUAUCGUUUUUUUAUUUUACAGUCAAGGGUCAUUCUUGUGAUAUAUUUCCUGAGAACACCCAUCUGGGGAGGGUUGCAUUUUAAAGUCUUAAGGGAGAAGCUAAAUCUCUUGAAACCUAAGGGGUUUUCCUCUGGGAGGGGAAAAAAUUGUUGUAAUUUAUUUUGCAUCAAAGUUGAUUGUAUACGUUUCCAUAAUAAAACAUCUAUUCAGCAUUGGCACAACUUGGGUGUGUAACAUAACAUUUAAUAUCUAUAUUUUUUAAUAAAAUCUACAAAGCUACAAGUGUUUAUUAUAGUUUUUUUGGUAAGAAGGUGUGCUAUGCAUUUCCACACAACUUUGUACAGAAAGAGAUGGUCCUGAAACAGAAGUGAACCAAAGCUGAUAUUUGUCUUGCACCCACAUAUAUGAAAUACAUAAUAACAAAAUAUUUCCCAGCAUGUUAAUGUCAAAGCCCCACCAACAAGCUCAGAAGAGAUGAGCGACACAAGUUUCAGUGAACAAUCUUGAUAUGUAGAUAUUUGAUCACUGAAACUGGGGUAGGUUUGCUGCCCUUGAUUAUUAUAUCACGAUGGUGGAAAAGACACACAGAGAGGUAAACAAUAGUCAAGUGAUGAUAAUAUUAACUCACUAAAAAAAGACAUUUUUGGCAGAUUUUCCACAGUACUGGGUUAUAGUCCCACAGUAUCUCUGUAUGAGGUAUGGAGAAUAUGAAGAGUUUUGUACUAGUCAUAUCUGGAUGCUAGAAUUGUUUAUGGUGUCACCACUAAUGACUUAGGUAGAAGGUAUGGUAUGGACCAGUGCAGAUUUCCAGAUGCAGAAGAAGUGAUAUAAUGUUAA